GUAUCUACCAUGUUAAUUGUUCGAUCCUGACCCUUGGGCGGAGGGUUGAUCGUUCGUGUACAAGAUGAAUCUUGUGACUCGUUUAUGAUGCCACCCUUGCGGGCAGGUCGAGCCUCCAAAGCAUGCGACUCAUGCCGCAAACAGAAAACGCGUUGUUACGCAUCCGACAACGCUAGAGGCAUCUGCCUCCGCUGUGAGACACUGUCGCAGCCAUGUUCACUGGAGUAUGCCGACACCUACGGCAGCCUGGCUUCUCCGGUUCAGCGACAUGAAAGAAUCACCGCAGAGAGGAGUCCAGCUAGAAGCAGAGCAACUUCGGUGGACGAAAGGCUUGAGAGAUUAGAAAGCACUGUCCAGACGUUGGUGAAACGGCUCGAUUCUAGCAAUGGCAUCGUCAGCGCUCGUUCGAUUCCAGAUCGGCAUCCACCGAGAAUUCUGGCUCAGACUUCGUCAGAAGACCAAGAUCAAGACCAGGCUCCCGUGCUCUGGAUCCGAGACGCCGCUGCAGACGCAGGUGUUCAGUCGCCGCAGCAAGUGCGACCUCGACCGCAACAGCAUUCAGAUGUUAUAUCUACAGGAUUGGUCGCAUUGUCGACUGCCCAUUCUCUGCUUUCUUUGUACGUGCUGGCUGCGGGUUCCCUAGUCGCCGAGAUAGAAAGGGUGGUAAGGUCUGACCGAGACGGAGCCUGCUAUCAUCAGUGCUUAUUGAGCGGUGGCUCACCGAGGCUCAAAGUAUGAUUGUCCACUCGGAAUUCGGGUCGACUUCGAUACAUCAUGAUAAGCCUGCUCCUGCCCCUCAGGUAGACAUCGGACUUACUUACGAAGUUCUCCCUUGACGUACGGAGCGCCUCGGUCAGACCACAAUGCCACGUUUUCUCUCCACUGGGUGUCGCCUCGUUGCUAAUACUGGAAACAGAUUCCAUGUCCACUAUGGUCGGUGGGUCAGAUUUGAGGAAGCCAUGGCCACUGAAGCACUGCUGUUGCAUGUGAGGAAGUCGCCGCUAUUGUUGUGUAGCAUCUUCUUGAUUGCAGUGCGACACACGACGCAGGAGCUUGCAGACCAGCUAGCGCCUACUUUGUUCGAAGAGGCAAAGAAGCUUGUUGCCUCGUCAUUACUGGUUGUGCCACAGUCGGUCGAAUUUUUCCAGGCCACUCUCGUGUUGAGUUUGUGGUCCACGACAAUCGGACAGGUCCCGUUAAGCAUCGACAGCUGGCUUCUGACAGGUUAUGCCCUCCAGCAAAGUCUUGCAAGCCCUCAUUUCCACCGAGUCCUUCAAGAUGAAGGAAAUCGAUCGGUGGCAAAAGUCGAUCUCGACGCGUGGUGUAUCUGGAAUCAUCUAUGUGUGGCCCAUCUGCAAUAUUGUGUCGGCACCCGUCGGCAAGCGCUUGUGAAUCAGGUACAGGUUGAUCGUGGUCUCCACUUCCUAGAAUCAGACAGUAUUACCAACUUCGAAGCAAGAAUGGCGGCCGAGGUUAAACUUUACUGGAUUAUAUACAACAAUUGCUGUGGUACAGACGUCGAUCUGGUGGAUGCUAAGAGCGCACUUCAAGCAUGGCAACGAGAAUGGGCCGCACUAUUCAACCAGCCACGAUCCCAGUUCCUCCAGAUGGGCUUCCAUUUUGCUCACCUACUGGCUUACUGCCAGUCGCUUAAGUCGACGCGUGCAGUCAUGCGCAAACCCCUCCUUACCGAGAUGAUCCAGCUUUCCAGAUCAAUCAUCAACCUUGCCAUGGACUCAACUGAUGAACGUACUCGACAUUUGACUGAUCACAUCUACCACAUAAUUACCUUUUCUGCGCUUACUCUCUGUCGUCUUGUCCACACCUACGAAUCAAGGCUUCGAGCAGCCAACCAGGACAUCGAUGCCCUCGAUGCACUUGUCUUUCGGCUUAUCGGCUGGCUGAAGUCCAUUGGCCUGCCAUGCCACGCAGCUCAUCUACUUGGCGAAGCUGUAUUUGCACAGUUCAAGAAAUUACGACCAAAUUUCCAGCCUGAGGUACCACCUCAUUCUAGUAAAGGCUGGGAGGCUAAUCCGGCCGCUCUCGCCGCGGACUACCAAGGGUCCUCCAACGACAUGGGCUUGUAUUAUCCCGAUUUCAUCGGAUCCGAGUUAUUUGACUUGAACGACGCGUUCUGGCCACAUUGGGACAUGAUGUUAUCAGAUACUGAUAUGUCCGUAUAAGAACCAGGUUAACUGACAUCGGCUCGCAAGCUAAGGCUACUGGUCUGGAGAUGCAUGCAAAUAAUUGGAGCAAUUCCAUUGAAAAGAGCAGAAGGGGCCGACAUUCAAACCAUCGACCCCAAGCACAAUCGACUCCAUCUCCUAGUUCUGGCAUAAAACCCAUCCAUCCAAUCCCAUGACUCGGCUCUCCGGCUUUGCGGCCCAAUCUUCAUAAGACGCCUCGAUCCGGGUACAUUCCUCGGCUGUCAGCAGACCGGAUUUCAGAAAGUUCUGCGUUGCGUUGCAUGCACCUCGAGCCCAUUGUUUCAUCGACUCUCCAAACCAUUGCUGAGAAGACGUACCCAGCUGAAUUUGGCUCCAUUCAAAUCCCGCCUCGUGAGCCCAGACAUGGUUGAGCCUUCCUCCAUUUGGAACAAUGCCUCUGCUUUCGCAUGAUUUGUACCAGAUCUCUUUCUGUUUGUCCAGGGCCGAGAGCGGAGGAUAGUACAGCAUCUCUGCCAUGUCCGUGGAUGCGACAAGACCCCCGGGACGAGUGAGCUGUCGCAUAGACCGCAAGACCGUGACCUGCUCGGUCAGGUGCAUAAGGACCAUGUGUGCAUGGACAAUGUCAAAACUACCCUCCCCGAAGGUCUCGAGCAACUUGUGGGCGUCGCCAGUCUUGAAUUCGACAUUCUUGAUGCCCUGUUCAGCAGCAGCAUCUCGAGCCAUUGCAAUCUCGGUCUCUCCCACGUCGAUCCCGACGACAUGUCCUUGAGGUACGAGUUGGGCAAGGCCAAUAGUGAUCGAGCCGACUCCACAGCCAACGUCGAGUAUACGAUCCGUCGGCUUGAUAUGCUCGAUAAGGUAUGGGAUGUUUUUUGCAACCGUGCGCUGGGACAUUAUAUCUCUCAGACUGUCGUAUGUUCGACUUCCAUCGCCGCUGCUUGGAGUCUGUUCCUUGGUCGACAUUCUUGGUUCUGUGGGAGAUGUGGUUGGACUUUUACAGAUGGCUAGACGCAAAUGUCAGAGGUGUAUGAGAGAGAAAUGUGCUUACACUCUACGGCGAAGGGUGCUGUCUCUCCCAGAGAAACACCCAUCCCACUAACCUCCAUCAAGGGUCCAGGGUGGUCGCCUAAACUGGUCAGAUUGAACGGAUUGGACCGAUCAUCUUUGCCAGUGAGUGAGAACAUGUCGCUUACGACGGUCGGUAUUCGGAUGAGAUCAGGCGGCCAGCGUCAAAACGUACUGUAUAUUGGCCGGAAUGUGGAGAAGAUCUUCCUAGGGCGAGACUGUUCGGAUGUCUAAAUAUUAACUUACUUCUAGCUGUAACCGUACAGUCUGGAGAGCUGCUUGGUAGACUCCGAGGGCUGAAACGACUCCCUGUCUUUUGAUGUCCAGGGUCUACAACCAGGACUUGGGCGAGGCUAGGGUCCCAUCAGGGCUUUAUGUGAAGUAGAAUGUAUUCCACCGAGAUUGGGUUAAGUUACAGAUAGGCUCCAAUUGGAGCCUAGGCGAAUAACCACUAUCAUGGACCUAAUAG